AUUGGUCGACAUUAGCCGUCGGUUGUGGGUUCGUUUGGUGCGAGUAUUUGCAGGCAACUACUGAAAGAAAUUUGAAGAUAAUGCGCCACGCGGAAUCCUAGUAUCAGGCUACUCGUUUGGCGUGAGUGAGAGUCGCGUCUCUUCAGUUCGCAGUUUCCUCAAGAAAAUUGAGAGGAGCUAGUGAUAGACGAUGGCAUCGCUCAGGUGGUUUGUUGCUGGAGCAAGUGCUGUGGGUGCUGGUACUCUUACUUCAUACUUUCUCCUGCCAGAUACCACGGUACACGCUGAAAUGAAGUGGAAACCAAGACCGCCUCGAAGGACCUUGCCAACACGAGAAGAUCAAGUAAAAACUUUGAAAUCGCAGGACUACGACGUUUUAAUAAUCGGAGGUGGUGCAACGGGAGCAGGAUGCGCUCUGGACGCUUGCACACGAGGUCUAAAAACUGCGUUAAUUGAAGCCGAUGACUUUGCAUCUGGCACAUCAUCUCGCAGCACGAAGUUAAUCCAUGGUGGCGUACGAUAUCUGCAGAAAGCGAUCAUGCAAGUGGACAUCGAGCAAUAUAAAAUGGUGAAAGAAGCACUUCACGAACGUGCUUCAAUGCUGCAAAGUGCACCACAUCUAGCACAUCCAUUGCCUAUUAUGCUGCCUGUUUAUACAUGGUGGCAAAUUCCUUAUUACUGGUUUGGCAUUAAGAUGUACGAUCUGGUAGCGGGUAGCAAAACCGUCAAAUCAUCGUAUUAUUUGAGUAAAUCGAACGCUCUGGAACUUUUUCCGAUGCUGAAAGGCGACAAACUAACGGGAGCUAUUGUCUAUUAUGACGGCCAACAAGAUGAUGCCAGGAUGAAUCUGGCCAUUGCUCUAACAGCUUCAAGACACGGCGCAACGGUCGUAAAUCAUGUUAAAGUAGUUAACUUAUUAAAAGGUCUCGACAAGGAUGGCAAACGAGUCCUUGUAGGAGCUCACCUUAAAGACGAACUCACGGGAGAGGAAUGGGAUGUAAAGGCCAAAGCGAUAAUUAAUGCGACUGGUCCUUUCACCGAUCAUAUUAGAAAGAUGGACGAUCAAAGUGUCCAAUCUAUUUGCGCUCCGUCUUCCGGCGUUCACAUAGUAUUGCCAGGAUAUUACAGUCCUGAUCAAAUGGGUCUACUUGAUCCAGCAACGAGUGACGGCCGGGUGAUUUUCUUUUUGCCGUGGCAAAAGCAAACAAUUGCAGGAACAACUGAUUUACCUUGCGAAGUAACACACAAUCCUCGGCCUACGGAAGACGAGAUCGUGUUUAUUCUGCAGGAAGUGAAAAAUUAUCUGAACCCAGACGUUGAGGUCCGUCGCGGAGAUGUUCUUUCUGCCUGGAGCGGUAUUAGGCCGCUCGUUUCCGACCCGAAUAAACCGAAUACGCAGUCACUCGCUAGAAAUCACAUCGUGCACGUCAGUCCUACGAAUCUCGUCACGAUAGCAGGCGGCAAAUGGACGACUUACCGAGCGAUGGCUCAAGAAACCAUUGACGCGGCUAUAAAAGCUUGCGAGCUAGAACCAGAAAGACCCUGCCAGACGGAUGGCUUUCUUCUGGAAGGCGCUCAGGGCUGGAGCCCCACAAUGUACAUUAGAUUGGUGCAGGAUUUCGGUCUGGAAUGCGAGGUCGCGCAACAUUUAUCCAAGAGCUAUGGAGAUCGUGCAUUUGCCGUAGCUAAAAUGGCCUCGCUUACGGGGAAACGAUGGCCUAUCAUUGGAAAGAAAAUUCAUCCGGAAUUUCCAUACAUCGAUGCUGAAAUACGCUAUGGUGUACGGGAAUACGCUAGAACUGCGAUCGACAUGAUUGCGCGUCGAUUACGACUCGCUUUCCUAAAUGUCCAAGCGGCUCAAGAGGCAUUGCCGGGUAUCAUAGAUAUCAUGGCCGAGGAAUUGCAUUGGUCAGCAGAGGAGAAGAAGAAGCAGCAUCGCGAGGCCAGCGAAUUUCUUGCUCAAGAGAUGGGUCAGAUAGUGAACCGUGCUUCCCGCGACAAGAUUCCUAUCAAUCUCACCAAGGAUGAGAUCCAACUCUACAUCAAGCGCUUCCGAAUUAUAGACAAAGAUAAGAAAGGAUAUGUGUCUAUCAAUGACAUUAGACGAGGACUAAAGCUCUUUGGAGAUAAGGAAGUACCAGGUGAAGAACUUCACGAAAUUCUGCGUGAAAUCGACACCAAUAUGAACGGUCAAGUUGAAUUGGAUGAAUAUCUUCAGAUGAUGUCAGCUAUAAAAUCUGGUCAUGUGGCAUAUUCACGUUUUGCGCGGAUGGCUGAAAUGGAGGAAGCACAGCAUGAAAAGGAAAUACUCAAGAAACAAAUAAGCGUUGAGAGAUCAGGGGGAGGACUAUAAAAAAGUCUACCCUUAGGAAUUAGAAUUUUGGGAUAUUUUAAUUUCACAUUUGACAAGUUUCAUUAUCGCGUAUUUAUAUCUAAGAAUAGUUUAUACGAUCGAAACGAAAAGAAUCAAACAAUCUCUUGCGAAAUGAAACUCUAUUAAUAAUAUCUUUAAAAAAGUAUAUUAUAAUCUGCAAAUAUCUUGUAUCGAAUAAUUCGCAACGUACGAGUUUGUGUACACACAUCGUCGCAUAGAUUUUUACCGGUAAGUAAUUGAAGUCAAUUACAAGGAAAUAUUUUAAUUUAUGUGUAGUUUCCCUUUUCACAAUUUUGUCAUGCACUAUUUGUAACAUCUAUAUUAUGUACAAGAUGCAGCACAAUUGCAUUCUUUCUAUUUGUACAUACAGUCAAUGCCGAUGCAACAUACUUGUAAUAAUUGUAUUGUAUCUUCUUGUUAAAUUGGAAAAAAUUUCAUUGCCUUAAUUGAAAUUCUGGUAGAGACCAGAAAAAUACAAACGACCAAUAGAACACAA